GAGUCGGUGCUACGUCAUGUUGAAGUUGUGGGAGGCGGUUGGGCUCAUAACGAAACAGUCGAUAUAGCUGCCGUACUGGCCGUUCGACGAAGUCCUUCACUUGAUCAUGUCAAUAUCACCAAUUCGUCAAUGCACGCCUUGCAGGUCCUUAUCCCCCAUGGAAACCUGAUCAUCAACAAACUAAACGUGACACAUAAUCGAGGACGCGGUAUAACGCUUUGGCUUUCAAAUCCUCAUGGCACAAGUGAAGUGUCAGGAGCAGUACUAGCAAAGAUGAAUAUAAUACCAUACGAUGUUCGAGGUCUGCUGAACAUGUGUGCGGUUCAAAAGAAGUUCACGAUAGCAAAUCGAAUUAUCAUGUUCUAUAAGUACGACUCCUACCCUGUUGAUUGUGUUAAGACAUUCGUUUCACCGGGCCGAAAUAUCCUGUUUCGUUUCCUGCUGGUCAGUUUAUUUUUACGAUUUAGUCCGGACUUGUUCAUUGUUGACUGA